AUGUCGCUCCCGCUCCCGUGCUCGCUUGACGCCAGUGCUCGCACAUGCCUGCUCCCGCUCCCGUGCUCGCUUGACGCCAGUGCUCGCACAUGCCUGCUCCCGCGCGCGUUCCGCACACCAUCCUCCAUCGCAUGCCUCCGCUUGUGCCAUUCCACAUCCGCGCUCUGCCAGCACCUAGGCGCCGCUCACCCAGCUCCUACCGCGGCCGCCUCUUCUGCUUGCGCCGGCCCUCGCCUGCUCCAGUUCACACCAUCCACCACUGUGCCGAGCCACUGCCGUCCGCGUGCCUUCACUCGCCGCGCGCGCUCCGUUCUGGCCGCCAGCCCGCCGUCGGCGUCCGCCUGCGCUCACCCGGGCCCGCCGCUCCGCGCGCUGCCGCUGCUCACGCGCGCUCACCCGUGCGCCACCGGCUCCCGCAGCCCGCGCUCGCCGAGCCGCCACGCGUGCCCCGCGCCGGCCUCCGCCCGCCACGAGCCUCCACGCGCUCCAGAGCUCCGCCUGGGCCACCUGCAGAGCGCCUGCGCGCUAGCCCCCGCGCCUACAGCCGCCCUGCCUGCGCACGCUCGCGAGCCGUCCACGCUGCUCGCCCGCCGCUUGCCUGCCUGCUGCGGCCGCUCGGGCCUGGCCGAGCCGCACGCGCCCGACCUGCCGCUCGGGCCCCGCCGCCCCGCGCUCGCCUGGGCCGGCCUCCGCGUCAAGCCGCCCUGGGCCGAGCUGCAACCGCCGCCCGGCGCCUUGCGCCGCUUACUCCCGCGCGCUUGGGGGCCGCCCGGCCUGCUCCUGUGGUGCCUGUGCUGA